UUUGUGCACAGUUGCGAGAGGAUGCCACCUCUUGUUCCCACCUGAUCUGACGCGUGUAUUUUGCAAACACAGCAAAGGGCUGGGUAGUGGAUUGCAUGACAGUGUCUCCAGUGGAGACUGUAGCGAUAAGAUGAGGAUUCGAUCACGCAAGUUUCCUUUCUGACAGCCGCAGCCUCUGGUUCUCCGUCGAGUGGUUCAUGAGUAAAUCACAACAGGAGGAAGUUGAGACUGAGAUGCUGUAGCAGCAAUGUCACAGCUGUAUUACAAGAAAACUGACAACUCCUCAUACAGGGACCGCAUCCCUUUGCGGAUCGUGCGGGCCGAGUCUGAGCUUUCUGCUCUGGAGAGGGCCUACCUGGGGGCGGUUGAGAGGGGGGACUAUGGCAGUGUGAAGCAAGCCCUGGAGGAAGCUGAGAUCUACUUCAGGAUCAACAUCAACUGCAUUGACCCCCUGGGACGCACAGCCCUGCUCAUUGCCAUUGAAAAUGAGAACUUGGAGAUAAUUGAGUUGCUGCUCAGUUAUAAUGUAUAUGUGGGUGAUGCCCUGCUACAUGCCAUCCGCAAAGAAGUGGUGGGAGCUGUGGAGCUGCUGCUCAACCACAAGAAGCCACGUGGGGAAAAACAGGUUCCACCAAUUCUGCUGGACAAACAGUUUUCAGACUUCACCCCAGACAUCACUCCAAUCAUCCUUGCAGCCCACACCAACAACUAUGAGAUCAUCAAACUACUUGUGCAGCGAGGUGUUUCCAUACCUCAGCCCCAUGCUGUGCGCUGCAACUGCAUGGAGUGUGUGUCCAGUUCAGAUGUGGAUGGCCUUCGUCACUCACGCUCUCGUCUUAAUAUCUACAAGGCCCUUGCUAGCCCAUCACUCAUUGCUCUCUCCAGCGAGGAUCCUUUCCUCACGGCUUUUCAACUUAGUUGGGAGCUGAAGGAGCUCAGCACAGUGGAGAACGAGUUCAAGUCAGAGUAUGAGAUGCUGUCUUAUACGUGUCAACAAUUUGCAAAGGACCUCUUGGACCAGACCCGAAGCUCUAAAGAGUUGGAAAUAAUCCUCAACUACCGUGAUGACAUCAACCCUCUGCUAGAUGAGAAUGGUAAUGAUCUGGCCCGACUGAAGCUGGCUAUCAAAUAUUGCCAGAAAGAGUUUGUUGCUCAGCCCAACUGUCAGCAACUGCUGGCGUCUCGGUGGUAUGAUGAGUUCCCAGGCUGGAGGAGGCGUCACUGGGCAGGAAAGUUAAUCACGUGUAUCUUCAUCGGCCUCCUCUUCCCACUGUUAUCUAUCUUCUACCUGAUCUCUCCAAAGAGCAGAUAUGGCUUAUUCAUCCGUAAGCCCUUCAUCAAGUUCAUCUGUCACACUGCUUCUUACCUGACCUUCCUCUUCAUGCUCUUCUUGGCCUCGCAGCAUAUAGCCUCUGCAAACCGGGACCUUCAGGGCCCACCACCCACCACUGUGGAAUGGAUUAUCCUGCCCUGGGUGCUUGGCUUUAUAUGGACUGAGAUAAAACAGAUGUGGGAUAGUGGUUUCCAAGACUACAUAGAUGACUGGUGGAAUUUAAUGGACUUCAUUAUGAACUCCUUGUAUCUUGCAACCAUAUCUCUGAAGAUUGUUGCUUAUGCAAAGUACAGUGGGAAAAAACAAAGAUGCAACUGGGAAAUGUGGCACCCGACUUUGGUGGCAGAGGCAUUAUUUGCCAUUGCCAACAUCUUCAGCUCCUUGCGCCUCAUAUGCCUUUUCACUGCCAACUCCCAUCUAGGACCCUUACAGAUCUCACUGGGUCGCAUGCUCCUGGACAUCCUGAAGUUCCUCUUCAUCUACUGUCUAGUGUUAUUAGCCUUUGCCAAUGGCCUCAACCAGCUAUACUUUUACUAUGAAACGGAUAUGGGUAAUAGUUGCACGGGUAUUCGCUGCAAUCAGCAAAACAACGCCUUCUCAACGCUGUUCGAGACACUGCAGUCAUUAUUUUGGUCUGUAUUUGGCCUGAUUUCGCUCUAUGUGACCAACGUGGAACCAAAACAUGAAUUCACUGAGUUUGUGGGCACUACCAUGUUUGGCACGUACAAUGUCAUCUCCCUAGUAGUGCUUCUGAACAUGCUAAUUGCGAUGAUGAACAACUCUUACCAGCACAUUGCUGACCAUGCAGAUAUAGAGUGGAAAUUUGCAAGAACAAAAUUAUGGAUGAGCUACUUUGAAGAAGGGGGAACUUUGCCAUCUCCAUUCAAUAUAAUACCCAGUCCAAAGUCUGUUUGUUAUCUAAUUGGAUGGAUAAAGAUGCAUUUGUUUAAGAGACCAAGCAUACAAAGGCUUGAAACCUUCGAAACUUUGGGGAGACGUGCAGCCGAAAAUGUAAGAGUAAACCAUGAAUAUCAGGAGGUUUUAAGGAACCUUGUUAAACGGUAUGUGGCCGCAAUGAUCAGAGAUGCCAAGACAGAGGAAGGGUUGACAGAAGAGAACUUCAAGGAGCUUAAGCAGGAUAUCUCCAGCUUUCGCUAUGAAGUCCUGGGAAUGAUGAAGGGUAAACCUCAAGGUGGGGUUGCGGGUAAUGUUGCAAGCUCCACCUUGGCUUACCCUGGAAACUCAUUCAAAUAUUCUCCGAAAGUACGUACUGAUGAUCCUCAACAGAAGCUGAACGUGUUUGAUGUGACCACCACCACCGUGCAGCGCAGAGCUGCCAACACCACCAGCUCUGUGGGCUCUGACAGGCAAGCCAGUUGUUCACUAGUUGUUCCUUCCAGCACAAGACAGACUCAGAAUGAGGUAUCCAAGGAUGUCUCAGAGGCUGUGUCCCUCCAGAGACAGAGCAUACUUCUGUCUCAGAAAUGUGAUGAAAUACAUUCAGAAUACAUGUCAGAAGAAGAUUCGUUGGGAUCUGGUGGACAAAACCAACAGCAACUUCUGAUUGGAAAAGUAAUUGUGGAUGUUUCAAACAAAGUCGAGGACAUUCAGGAGAUUGAACAUUCUUGCAAAGAGCCUACUAAGGAAGUGAAAAAUGGGCCCAAAAAUUAUCAAAAUGAAUCUGUCUGCAAGUGAGAGAUGUUAAUUAUGUUAGUUUGAAAACAUUUUUGGAUUACAUUUUUUAACUCAUUUAUUUUGUAAAAUAGUUUAUCAAAAUAAACAAAUGUUGUAAACAGUAGUUAAAAUAUAUAUUGAAUUUAAAUAAUCUUGUGUCCUGUAAUGUACUCUAUAUAAUGGUAAUAUAUAUAAUAAUAUUAUGCUCUCUCACAUUAUAUUACAUGCAUUCACCGCUGAUAUGUGAUACGAUGAAGAUAUACAACAACACUGAGUGAGGACUGACCUCAGUGAGUGCUGACUUGAUGCUCAGGGAAUAGUGAAGCAAGUUUACCUUGAGCAUUUAAUUCCAAAGAGCCCUGAAACCCUGCUUCCAAUCCUCUCUUCUUCCACCUGGUCCUAUGCAAAAGUAUCUUAAAUCUCUUAAGUCUAUAGAAAAAGUAUUACUCCUCAUAUGCUUACAACAGCUACUCCUUUUGGUCAAAUCAAUUAUACAGGAAGAAAUAAUCAAGAUAAUUAACACUGAGUAAAUAUAUGUUUAUUUGUAUUUAACUUUACAUUGAAUUUGGACAAAGUAUCUAGUAGAUAAACAAUCAAGCACCUAGAUGAUUCUGAGAUGUGUCUCAACUUCUCUUUCACUCAUACAUUUGUUGAAGGAUGUAUUCUUCAGCUACACAAGCUCAAAUAUAGCAGAACACCAGGGAUUUGUCGCAGAAUACAUAGGCGGAGCAGAUGCAGUUUAUAAUGUGUAUCGAGAAACAACAAAAAUUAACAGGCUUACACAGUGAAUUGCAAGGCUAGUGUCCAAAACAGGAAAGCAGUUCAAACAGAAAGCAAACAAAAUCCAAAUGGUACAGGCUAUAAAUCCAAUAAUCCAUGAAGAAAUCCAGAAACACCGGAAGGAAACACUGAAGUCAGGCAUAGACACUCCACAAACUCUCGAAGAUGAAACAAUGGGAAGACACAGUCUUAAAUACACAAAAGUGAGGUGAUUAAUGAUACACAGGUGAAAACAAUCGGGGAGGUGCAAACUAUCACACAAGUGGGAAAACCGAAAGACCAGGAAGUGAAGUGAACACAAACAAGAGGAAUGGUAUAAAAAAUAAAACAGGAAACCACAACACAAAACCAUAACAAUAACAUCAACAGCACAAACACAGAACCAUGACGUAAAAGCUCUCUUGUGAUCUGUCACUAUGCAAUUCUGUAACUUGUAAUGUGAUGAAAUUACUCUACAAUUAAAUAAAAGAGAAAGCUAAUUCAAAAA